UACACGCACUAAACAAUGGCAAAUGCACAAGCGCCUGUCGUGGCGGUCGGCCCGCUGGGGGACGGUCCGGUUCAGGUGGCCUGUCCUAAGUGCCAUCAGACUGUUCUCUCUAAGGUGGACUACUCCGCUGGUUUGCUCACUUACCUUUUCUGUGGAGGACUCUUCUUCUGUGGCUUUGUUUUAGGUUGCUGUCUCAUCCCGUUCUGUGUGGACCGGCUGAGAGACGCAAAGCACACCUGUCCCACCUGCAAGACUGUACUCGGAGUGUAUAAACGCUUGUAACCGAUAUCAGAGCUGCAAUGAUUGGUGGAGCCAAACAUUUACUAGUUUCAUGCUUCUAAAUUGUGGGAAUUUGGUGCUUUUCAUGGUAGUCAACUGAAUUUGAAGACGUUACAAAAUUACACAAGGCAUAUUUCAAUAUUUCCUGAAAUUGUAUAGACAAAGUUGAUCGAUAAAAUUGUCUGUUGCAGUCCUAACUGACAUGGCUUUCUAAAACUUCAACACAUCCAUCUGUACACCAGAUUACACACAGCA